AUGACUUCAAAAGGCAAACAGCUUCCACAUGAGCGGCGGAAAGGCGAAACUGCCCUGAGCGAGUUCGCCGAAUACGUUGAAAAGCAACAAGCACUUCGGUAUCCCUCGUAUUCCACUUCCAGUUCAACAACCGGUGGUCCCUCAACCACCGCAAUAUCAGUCACUACCGUAGAAGAUCAUGCCGAACUUACAGAUAUCUUAAACUCUCUCGAUAUAGCAGAUACAAGCCCCCAAGUACGAAUAAAAGAAUUACUGCUGUCGACCGACGAAGAUCAAUUAACGCUCCUAAAGAAUGUUCUGGAGUUGCGACUGGAAGAGGGACAUGGAGAGACUAUUUUUGAAAUAGGAUUUGAGAACAAUGGUGAUGCAAUGGGAUUCAAUAAAGAGGAAUGGGAUGUUGCCUUGAAAAGACUAAAGGAAGCGGCUGGGAGAUUGAACAGUGAUUGUCAAUUACUAUUAACGAAUGGAGUGGGUGGCGAGGUAGAGGGUGAAACUGGAGAGUCAAAAGAGAAAGAUUGUACAGGGAAAGUUUUAGUACGACAACAUCCUGCGAGUGUGGAGGAAGUCAUCGAGACAAGAAUUGCUGUGGUGGGAAACGUCGACGCGGGGAAAAGUACCAUGCUGGGUGUAUUGGUGAAAGGUGGGUUGGAUGAUGGAAGAGGAAAAGCAAGAGUCAAUCUCUUUCGCCACAAGCACGAAAUAGAGAGUGGAAGAACUAGUUCUGUUGGUAUGGAAAUCAUGGGUUUCGAUACCAUGGGAAAAGUUGUCGCAUCUGAUGUUCCAGGUAGGAAACUAUCAUGGGAAGAAAUUGGAAAACGAUCCGCAAAAGUUAUCUCCUUUACCGAUCUGGCGGGUCAUGAACGGUAUCUACGAACUACCGUGUUUGGGCUGUUAUCUUCGUCUCCAAAUUACUGUUUACUAAUGGUAGCUGCAAAUAAUGGACUCAUCGGUAUGAGUAAAGAACAUCUUGGUAUCGCUCUCGCGUUAAAUGUACCAGUUAUGGUUGUCAUUACUAAAAUCGAUAUUUGUCCUCCUCAAAUUUUGGAACAAACCAUUAAGCAAAUUACCGGCAUAUUGAAAAGUCCUGGGGCCAGGAAAAUACCAAUCUUCAUCAAGAAUCGAGAAGAAUGUAUCAAUACUGCCACUCAAUUUGUCAGCAAACGAAUUUGUCCAAUUUUCCAAGUAUCCAAUGUUACUGGAGAAUCUUUAGAUCUCGUUCGAGCUUUCCUCAAUAUUCUACCUCAUCAUGGCCAUUAUGAUGCCGAGGCACCUUUCGAAUUCCAUAUUAACGAUACUUUCUCCGUUCCAUUCGUAGGAACUGUAGUAUCAGGGAUUGUAAAGUCUGGCGUUGUCCACGCAGGUGACACUGUACUUGUUGGGCCUGACUCUCUUGGUCAAUUCACAACUACAACCAUUCGUUCAAUCGAACGUAAAAGAAUACCAGUUCCGGCUACAUCUGCUGGUCAAUCAGCUUCGUUCGCAUUGAAACGUGUUCGAAGAAAAGAUGUUAGAAAAGGAAUGGUGGUACUUCCAAAACUCGAACAAAAUGCCCCUAAAGUUUACCGAGAAUUUGUUGCUGAAGUUUUGAUUCUUUCUCAUGCUACUACUAUCAAAACAAAAUAUCAGGCAAUGUUACACGUUGGACCAGUCAGUCAAACGUGCGCUAUUAUUGAUAUUGAUCGAAGUUAUAUUCGAACUGGUGAUAGAGCAACGGUCGCAUUUCGAUUUGUACAAAGACCAGAAUACUUGGCUCCAGGCGACAGGCUGUUAUUUAGGGAGGGGAGGACGAAAGGCUUGGGGAUUGUGAAAAGUGUGGGCUAUGAUCCUGCAAAACCGUUGGGAGGUGUUAAACCUGAAGGCGAUGGCACAGAGGCUGCAGAGACGGACACUCCUGCUGAGACUUCAAAAGCUCCUUGA